UAAAAGUAAUAACAAUAAUAAUAAUAAAAAAAAAUAAAAUCCCUAACCUCUUAAACUCCUCCGCCUCCCUCUAUCACUCUCCUAAACCCCCGUCGUUCACCUCUCUCUCUCUCUCUCUCUCUCUGCGCUUCUCACACACCCGCAGUCGAUCUCUCUCCAUUUCUCUACCAUCCAGCUCCUCUUCCUUCUCUCCACUCCGCACCACACAGCUCCUCUUCUCUCCGCAGUCGGCACCACGCAGCUUCGGCCUCUCUCUCAUGAAUCUCCACCUGAAUCAUUAGCAAGGAUUCUAUAUUUGCUUCCGUUUCAGCAAUUUGGGUACUCCUCCAAGCUCCAACAGGUUGAAGGUUUUGUAAUUUUUACCAUGAUAAGUGAGAACCUAUAUCGGAGAGGUUGAUUUACCAUUUGUUGGAAGGUGAAAUUUUGUUAGACUUGAAGAUGAGCUUGAUUUUAAGAUUGAAGCAUCAUUUGCCAAAUGGCUUCUGCAGAAAACCGAUAGUUUCCUCUGUCGUGGCAUUAAAUCUUGGGAAACUAAAUGGAUUGUGGCAAAACUAUAGUCAACCAGCAAGAAAUGAUGAGGAAGAGGAAGAAGUAGAGAUUGACCAGAGGAGGCUCCCCACUGAUUAUGACCCAGCAACGUUUGAUCCUACUCAGCAUCGCAGUCCUCCUACCGAUCGUGUUUUCAGGCUUGUAGACGAAAUAUCAGGACUUACAUUGGCUGAAAUUGCUGAGCUGGGUUCCAUUUUGAUGCGUAAAAGGGGAAUGACGGAGUCACCAAGUGUGGGAGUCAUUAAAGCAGGAGCUGCUGGCUUAGCGGGGAUAGGGACGAAAGCACCAGCAGCUGCCAAGGAGGAGAAGAAACAAGAAAAGACUGUCUUUGAAAUUAAAUUAGAAUCAUUUGAGGCAGCAUCAAAGAUCAAACUUAUCAAGGAGGUCAGGAGCUUCACUGAUUUGGGUCUUAAGGAAGCGAAAGAGUUAGUAGAGAAGGCACCAUCGGUUCUAAAGAAAGGAGUGUCGAAGGAGGAAGGAGAGCAGAUAAUUGAGAAGCUGAAAGCUCUUGGUGCAAAAGUUGUUUUGGAGUGAACAUAGAGCACUGCUAUGUAAGCUGUUGCAAUUUGGAAUUUGAUGGAGCUCUGAUUCUAGACAUACUACCCGUAAAAUUGAUUACCGAAACAAAUCUCUCGAAUGUCUUGAAUUAAGUUUUUGCUCAUCAUUUUUUGUUUUCUUUUUUCUCAAUGAGAUUAUAGUUAACUUAAAAGGUGGAAAUUUUUGAUGAAGAAUGCUGCAGAGGAUACUUGCUGUCCUUGUGUUUUCUCUUUGUUUCUUAAUAAACAUCUUCCAUUGCAGCUGUGUAAGAGAUACAUGUAAAAUUAGCUAAUAUUAGAAGGUUUAACACUAA